AUAGAAAUGAAACAACUGUUGGUAAUACUGUUUUUCUUUCAGGUUUGUUUAUUUUUAGACCGAGAGAGAAAGAGAAAAAGAGAGAGAGCAUGAGCUGGGGGAGGAUCAAAGGGAAAGGAUGAGAGAGGAUCCUCAAGCAGACUCCACACUGAGCCCGGGAACCUGACUCAGGGCUCGACCUCAGGGCUUGACCUCAUGACCCCAUGACCCCGAGAUCACGACCUGAGCCAAAAUCAAGAGUCAGAUGCUCAACCAACUGAGCCACCCAGGCGCCCUAAUAGUGAUUUUGUUUAAGAACUGAUAUUUAUGUGGAAGGGCAAAGACACUGACACUGACUUCAGAACAGUAUCCUAAAACCAAGGGGGAGAAAUAACUGAAAUAGCCAGGAAGUCACUUUUAGUUGAAUUCGCUGAGAGUAGAUGGGAGUAAACCGCCAGGUGGACAGUCUUCUCCAUUCCUUUCUCCUCCGCCUGCCCGCCUCUCACCUCUCCUUCCCCUCUUUCAUCCCUUCCCUCCUCUUUUCUUCCCCACCUCACUCCCUCCAAAUUGUCUGAGGCAUUGGUGUCUGCUUGAAGUGUACAGAUGGAAGUCCCCAUGUACACCGGGCCGCCUUUCUGUGGCAAAUACCAAACAAAUGAAGUCCAUGAAAGGUGUCCCCUUAACUCCUGGUCAGCCCCACUCUCUCCGUGCCUGGGCUCCAUAAGGAAUACCCCGUGACUCUGCAGGUAGCCUCUCUCCCCACCAUCACGGGGUCUUUAGGCCCAGUUGAAGGCUCCCUAAACAGAAGCAGCUGCAAUGUCAGCCUUCAUGUGUGACACCAGCUUGACCUCCCUAGACAAGUAUUGAGUCCUCAUCUCCCCCAGACCCUCACGUGUCCCCCAGUCCUUGAGCCCCUUGAGGCCUGGGCUGUAUCUUCAAUCUGCGUCUCUGCAAGUAUAAAGAACAAACCUUAGUACAGGUUUGUUGAAGAAAACAAUGGGUCGCUUUUUAGAUCAGUGGCCGCAAACUUGGUAGUACGUGGUCUGUGGCUGUGGAGGAGCCAGUGUGUACACAAGAGUGUUUGUUGGUGACUUAGUUUAAUGAAUUUUCUUUUCUUUUCUUUUUUUUUUUAUGAAUUUUCUAAAGCAGUGCAAUCAGUAGAACAUCCCACAAUGGUGGAAAUGCUCUGUUCUCAGUCUGAAGUAGUAGCUGCUAGCCAUGUGUGUCUCCUGAGCACUUGCCAUGUGUCUAGCAUGCUUAAAGAAUAGAAUUCUAAAUUUUUCAAAACUUUGAUUAAUUUAAAUUUAGGUUUCACUAGCUACGAUGUUGGCCAAUGAAGCUCUGCAGAACUAUCUUCACUGCACUCUCCCCCACCCUUUGUCAUGUGGGUAACCACCUGCUGUUCCAACAAGUGCCCAUGGUUGAAAUUGAUGGAAUGAAGUUGGUGCAGACCCGAAGCAUCCUCCACUACAUAGCGGAUAAACACCACCUCUUUGGCAGGGACCUCAAGGAGAGAACCCUGAUUGACAUGUACGUGGAGGGGACGCUAGAUCUGCUGGAACUGAUUAUCAUGCAUCCUUUUCUAAAACCAGAUGAUCAACAAAAGGAAGUGGUUAACAUGGCCCAGAAGGCUAUAAUUAGAUACUUUCCUGUGUUUGAAAAGGUUUUAAGGGAUCAUGGGCAAAGGUUUCUCGUUGGUAACCAGCUGAGCCUUGCGGACAUUAUUCUACUCCAAACCAUUUUGGCUCUAGAAGAGAAAAUCCCCAAUAUCCUGUCUGCAUUUCCUCACCUCCAGGAGUUCACAGUGAAAAUAAGUAAUAUCCCUACAAUUAAGAAAUUCCUUGAACCUGGCAGCAAGAAGAAGCCUCCUCCGGAUGACAUCUACGUGAGAACCGUCUACAAUAUCUUUAUGCCAUAAACAUCACAUACAUCUGUGAGUGAGAGCUAGCCCCUAGAGAUUGCAGUUCCACAGUAGCAUCUUAAUUGAUGCCAGGCUGCCCUGAUCCCAGCUCUGUCAUGGUGCUAUGUAUAACUGUUCCUCAGUUGAGUCUUUCAUGUCAAGAUCUUUUCUAGAAACAUUGACCUUUUGUUUUGUCCGGUGGAUAAUUGUUACGCAACUUUUUUCUGAAAGCCUUUUCGGAGAGGCUUGCAUUUAAGUUAGAUCUGAUGUAGUUAUUCAUUUCCUGAUAACCAGAAUGGGCAGGACCUUGUAUUCUCCCUUGAGCUUUUUCUCCCCCGCUUCUUAUCCCUGUCUAAAAGCAGUAUCUUCCUAAUUUUUGGUGUUUUGUAACAACCCAGAAUAUCUAGUGAAUAAUUCCUUUCAGCUAUAAUAAAUCUGUGGUGUAAUGAAGGCAGUCAAUAUUAGCCAAAAUAAAGAAUUUACAAAUCA